AGCAUGCCAGCCGACCAUAGAGCGAGUGACAGCACAAACUUGAAAGCGGCCGGUUUAAGAACUUAUACUGGUGCUGAUUGUGUAUGAUCUGCUGUUGGAAUCGAAAGAGUUUCAACAGGAGACGGAAAUGAAGUUUAUAGCCUUUUUUCUGUGUUUAAUAUUUUAUCAGUUGCAGUUUUCAACUAGCGAAACUGCGGACGAUGUUAAAGUGAAAUCUAAAACUGUUUCAACUCUGUUGAAUGCAAAGUGGAACUCAACUCCUACUGCUUUGGAAAUCGCCGAAUUUCUUAAUGAUGAAGAUCCUUCAUACUUCUGGGCAUUCCUUGAAGAUCUCUCUGCUAAUGUUGAUACAUUUUCAGGAAAAACUGACAAAAGCAAGUAUGAAACGCUUGUUGAUCUCACACGCAAAUACCUGUCUGAGGCUCAAGUGUCUCUCAUGAGAUUUUCAUUGGGACUCCAUGUCUACUCGCCAAAGAUUGAAAUGUUUCAACAGAUUGCCAUGGUUCAAGGUGUCCCUGAACAGAAAUGUGAAGCCGUUGCAGCAGUCAAUGGUAAAUUGACAUGUGAUCCAAGCCUUAUAAAAACAUUACUCAAUGAAAAACCAAAGAGUCCAGAACUAUACAAGUUAGAUCACCAGUACCCAGGCAAGGCAGCAAAAGGCCACCCUGUGGUUAUCCUUUACGGGGAAAUUGGCGCCAAGAGUUUGACAGAAUUCCACGAAACACUCAAAGCACUGGCAGAUUCGGGAGAAAUCAUUUACGUCAUCCGACAUUACAUUCGUGAACGUAAAGGUCCAAAAGUCAGGCUCUCAGGAUAUGGUGUGGAACUUCAGAUCAAAUCGACUGAAUACAAGGCACAAGACGAUACAAAAGUUACUGCGGAACAAAGUGGCGCUCCGGGAGAUGAAGGAGCUAGUCAGCAAUCAACAGAAGAUGAGGAUGUUGAUGUCGAAGGCUUUCUAUUCACAAAGCUGAAAGUGCUGAAUCCCGACCUUGCACCAAAAUUGGACAAGUUGAGACAAGCACUUUUGGACGAAUCACAGGAAUUGGCCCCACUUAAAGUCUGGCAACUGCAAGAACUAAGCUUGCAGGCCGCUGAGCGGAUCCUUAAUGCUGCUAAAGAUGAAUCGCUAAAAAUCAUGGCUCAACUGGCGCAAAAUUUCCCUUUGCUGGCACGUUCUAUUGUCCGCACCACCGUUCGACCAGCCUUGAAAGCAGAAAUUAAACGCAAUCAACAGAGAUUCUCCAACGAGUUCAGCCUGCAACCAUCCGAGGCAGCACUCUUCAUCAAUGGUCAACAUUUCAACGUUGACUCGAUGGACGUGUUCACACUUUUUGAACAACUUCGAGAAGAAGUUAAAUUAGUUGAAGGACUUCAUAAGAUUGGUGUUCCAUCGCAAUACGUCAGCUCAUUGCUGUCGUUGGACCUAAGUCCGCCUUCGCGCCAAUACGCAGUCGAUAUCCGCGAUAGCGCCGUACUGUUCGUCAAUGAUAUUGAAAAGGAUCCUCAAUACAAGCGGUGGAGUCCAAACAUCCAAGAUUUGCUACGUCCAAGUUAUCCAGGAGCUCUGCGCAGUAUCCGGCGAAAUAUGUACAACCUUGUACUCGUCGUUGACCCUUUGGAUAUCGAAGCUCGCUCGCUUAUUAAACUGGCAGAAUCUUUCGUAGUUCACAAUGCUCCUCUUCGUGUCGGUCUAGUCAUGGCCGUCAAUUCAGACCCCAAAAUCACUGGACGCGACGAUCCUGGAGUAGCCAUGCUCAACGCUUUUAAUUACGUUUCACAGCGGACCCAUGCUACGGACGGAUUGAGUUUCAUUACCGAUUUAUUUGCCCUAGUGGGUGAUAACAGCAUAGUUGUGGACGAUGUCGGAAAAUUGUUGAAGAAGAAGUUUAGCGCUGAUUUAGAAGAUGUUCUUGGCGAAGAUUCCGAUUACGAUGUUGGCCGGCAAUUGACCAAAGAUUUUCUACGCCGCACAGGAUUCCGAAAGUUGCCGCAAGUGCUUUUGAACGGUGUCGCUCUUGAAGAAACUUCAUUGAAUGGCGAUGAAUUUGAAGAGGCGGUAUUGACGGAACUCAUGCGACAGACUUCUUCGUUGCAAAAGGCACUUUUCAGAGGUGAAAUGAAAGAGGAUGAUAAUGUCAUUGAUUUCUUAAUGGGACAACCCAAUGUUAUGCCUCGAUUGAAUGAUCGCGUCUUGUCAACGUCAGCCAAGUAUUUGGAUACCACUGGAGUGGUAGAAGGUGGAAUCAAAGAUCUCACUUCUCUGUCGUCCCAUCAACUUAUUGCGACGUUUGCCGACUCGAUUAGCUAUGUUUCAUCCAAUACUAGAGCUUUGACGCCUAUCACCUUAUGGAUGGUGGUGGACUUGACCCAACAAGCUGGUCGAGAACUAGUGCAAAACGCUUUGGAAUAUGUACAAAACUCUAGACUGAUUCGUCUGAGUUUGCUACAUAAUCCAGAGUCAUCUUUGACCGAAUCAGCUAAUCAUUACAUCGACACCAUCGACGCCGUCUUAUCUUCCAAUGACAUCAAAUUACUCGACAAAUUGCUCAAGACCGGAAAUGCUGAGGCUAUUAUUAGUGGGGCUAAAACUGGUACUGAUUUUGGAGUAGAACCAGCCCAGAAAAGUUCGUUUGGUUUGAAACUUCAUCAAUUGUUGGCUGGGCGCGUCCUCGAGUUUCAGCCUGGACAACGUGGAUUAAUCGCCAACGGACGUGUCAUUGGACCAUUUGACGACGAGGAGGAUUUCACAGCGGAUGAUGUAGCUUUGUUGGAAAAGCACACCAUGUCAACUUCGGGCGAAAAGAUUUUGCAGUUUACUCAAGAUCUCCCUCAACUUCACAGUAGCGAUCUCAUAAUGAAAGUAGGAGGUCUGCUCAUGUCGAGUGCCUCUGGAACAACACCCAAAACUCGGCACAAUAUCGACGAACGUGGCAGUGAGCUCAGUUUGCUUAGUUUCCCACCCAAAUUCAGCGAUUCCCCAUUCAUUGACAUCACAGCUGUGGUCGAUCCUCUGUCAGUCGGAGCUCAAAAGUUGGCCCCGUUGCUACUGGUUUUACAAGAGGUGCUCAAUUGCCGCGUGCGGGUCUUCAUGAAUUGCGUGGAGAAAAAUAGCGAGAUGCCAUUGAAGAGCUUUUACCGGCUGGUACUUGAGCCGGACUUGAUGUUCGGGGCUGAUGAGCGCCAGCUGUCUGGCCCCGUUGCGAAAUUCGGUAUCCUGCCUAUGGGUGCACUUCUUACGCAGGGUAUGCAGGUACCCGAUAACUGGCUGGUCGAGUCUGUCUGGAGUCCAUACGAUCUGGACAACAUUCGCCUUCGAGAUGUGGAUACUGACGUGCACAGCGAAUACGAACUCGAACAUUUGAUCCUCGAGGGUCAUUGUUUCGAUUCUCAUUCAGGCUCACCACCUCGAGGCUUGCAGCUGACCUUGGGUACACCUGUCGAUCCUCUGAUGGUCGAUACUAUUGUCAUGGCGAAUUUAGGCUAUUUGCAACUGAAAGCCAAUCCCGGUUCCUGGAUCUUACGCCUUCGCGAAGGCCGCUCAACCGAAAUUUACGACAUCGUUUCUCACGAAGGAACUGACACGCCCAGUUCUGGUGGUAGCGGGGACAUUCACGUGCUCAUUGGUUCCUUUAAAUCUCACGUCCUGAAAUUGAAGGUGGCCAAAAAAUCGGGCAAACAACAAAUGGAUUUAUUGUCAACUGACGAUGACGAUAAUAACGCCGGAUUGUGGAAUUCCAUCACCAGUACCUUCACAUCCAAGUCGAGUGAAGACGAUGAAGAUAAACUCAACAUCUUUUCGUUGGCUUCGGGACAUUUGUACGAGCGUUUCAUCCGCAUUAUGAUGGUGAGCGUAUUGAAACACACCAAGACGCCAGUCAAGUUCUGGUUCCUCAAACAAUACCUUAGUCCAACACUGAAAGAUUUCCUGCCACACAUGGCAGCCCAGUACGGAUUUGAGUACGAAUUGGUGCAGUACAAAUGGCCACGUUGGCUUCACCAGCAGAAAGAGAAACAGCGCAUUAUCUGGGGCUACAAAAUUCUUUUCCUCGACGUUCUUUUCCCGCUGUCAGUUAAAAAAAUCAUUUUUGUCGACGCGGAUCAGAUCGUCCGUGCCGAUUUGAAAGAAUUGAGAGAUCUGGAUUUGGGCGGAGCUCCCUACGGUUACACGCCCUUCUGUGAUAGCCGCCGCGAGAUGGACGGGUUCCGUUUCUGGAAAUCUGGCUAUUGGAGAAACCAUCUACAAGGACGCAAGUAUCACAUUUCAGCCUUGUAUGUCGUUGACCUGAAACGAUUCCGUAAAAUCGCUGCCGGUGACAGAUUGAGAGGGCAGUAUCAAGCGCUGAGUCAGGAUCCCAACAGUUUGUCAAACUUGGAUCAAGAUUUGCCCAACAACAUGAUCCACCAAGUGCCAAUCAAAUCCCUGCCGCAGGAAUGGCUGUGGUGCGAAACGUGGUGUGACGACACGUCCAAGCGGAAAGCCAAAACGAUCGACUUGUGCAAUAACCCACAGACCAAGGAGGCCAAACUCGAUGCCGCCGUCCGCAUUGUCGCCGAAUGGAACGAUUACGACACGGAGAUCAAGACGAUUCAAGAAGAACUCGCCCGAAACCGGACGGAACAACAGCGCCAACACGAUUCAUCCGAGCUCUAAAAAAAUGAAACAUUUUUCGUAAUCUUUUGUUUUUUUACCCAGGGUUUUCCGAGUCAUGAAAACGAAAAAAAAACAGUUGACCCAAUAUCUUGCUUGUACAUGUGAGAAAGAGUCAUGACGCUAAUAAGACGAACUAACAAGGUU